UGAUUACUCGGGCGAGGGCCUGCUAUAGGCGCUAACUACAAUGGAGGAGCGCACAGAGGAAGAUCACCAUGAGCAUGAUGAGGUCCAGCAAGACAUCCAACAGAUUCACAAAGUUCUUGGUGAAAAUGAAGAUUUAGAAGAAUCUGAUGAAGAGGAAGAUGGCCUUAUAAUAGAAGAUGGAACAUACUUGGCAGCUGGUACUAGUAAUUCAGGAGCAGCAGUUUCACAGGUAUCACCUGACAGGCAUCUUGUCCCAGAGUCUCUCUCCCUGGCAAGACCUCUGGAACCAUCGGCAGAGAACCUGUUACAGAUCAACCUGAGUUACCAGGACAUGGUGUGCACUUUCCUCGAUAACAUCAAGGAAGCAAGAAGGAAGAAUGCUGCAAUACAAAAAGGUGUUGCAUCAAAGACCACAACCUAUGUCAAAGGAGCGCGACCCAUCACACAUUUUCAGAGGCAUUACUUCUCUGGACACUCGAGCACAAUGCCACCUUUGAGUGAUGAAGCUAAGGAGAUUAGAGCCAAGAAUAUUCCUACUCCUUUCAUUCAACCAUCCAAAUCAUGGACCGCUGAUGAGGACCGAGCUCUGUACGAGGGUGUGCGUAACGACGGUCUACAGCGCUGUAUGAAACCCCUGAUGGCCCGGCAGGAGAUCCUCUACGAGAAGAGACGAACAGCCAUAGACGAUGAGAAGCAUCAGCUCACCGCGGAGAUCAACAAUAUCACCACGAGACUGGAACAUCUGAAAGCUCCAGAAGAGGAAUUGCUCGGAGACAGGAUGAGGGACAUGGACUGGCUCAAGAUAUCUUCCCUUCACCUGAACGGUGAGAGGUCUGCGACUGAGUGCCAGCUGAGAUGGGAGAACAUCCUCCAUCCAUCGGUCAACAAGAAGGCGUGGUCCAAGGAAGAGGAGAAACGCCUGGAUGGGAUCCUGGAGACCGCUCAAGGAAGAGACUGGACGGGUGUCAUCAAUGAGCUAGGGACAAACAGGUCUCCAUUUGACUGCUUCUCAAACUUUCAAAAUCGAGAGAUCUCUGCGUAUGUGUUAAGGCCCUUCACACAAGAAGAAGAUGAGCUCAUUAUGGACUUAGCUGAGAGGUUUAAAGUUGGCAAUGACAUCCACUUUAACAAAGUGUCUUACUUCAUGGAUCAGAGAUUAGCGAGGCAAAUUUCAUUAAGAUGGUUGAAAAAGCUCAACCCAAAAUCGAGGGGGGGCUUCUGGACAAAAGAAGAGGAUGAGGCUCUGCUUAGAGGCAUGGAGAAGUAUGGGCACAAGUGGACCAAGAUAGCUGAGGUUGUGAAGGGUAGACAUUCAUCCCAGAUAAGAGACAGAUGGCUGUACACUCUGAAUCCUAACAACACAAAGGGAAACUACACCUAUAAGGAAGACCUUGCCAUCUUGCAAAAUGUGAAAGAGCAUGGUGUCGGAAACUGGGUGACCACUGCAAAGAAGCUGAAUGAGAUGACUGGUAUCACCCGCACACCAAACUCUGUUCUCCAUCGCUUCAAUUCACUGUUCCAUAGGUUCUUCAAGAAAGCCAAAGGCAUCAGCCUUCAAGAAGGUGCAUCAAUGGAAGUUUUGAGCAGAAUGUCAUUGGUUACAAUCCUGGAUGAAAUGAUCGAGUACAGACAGAGUCUUGGAGAAUUUCCUUCGGUGCAGGGAACUAGGAACUGGAAGCAGCUUUACAAACGUAAGAGACACAAGCCCAGGAGUCCACCUUCCCCUCUCAUGGCCAAGAAUGCCUCUUUCAUCACUAGAAGGAAUGUCUUGUCUGAGCUUGAUAGACAGCUAAUGGAUGCAAUCAAGCCUAUAGGAUGGGCCCUGCCGACCCCUGGCACAUGGAGGACAUUCUAUGGAAGUAAAUCGGUGAGAAGACAAAGACGUCACUAUCUCUUCUCCGUCAUCCUGAAGGCUUUGGAUAUCAACAUAAAGGGCAACGAAGGCUUGCUUGCGUCCAUGCUCACCAACGCCGAAGGCGUCAAGGUUCUCAAGGAUCACCAGCUAAUCCCAGAGACCACAAGAGCUAAGGCUUUGGAUGCUAAAGCAGAACCUGCCGAGAGUGACCCCAAGUCAUCAAAGAGUAAAGCUAGGUCAUCAAAGAAUGCUAAGAAAUCAAAGAAAUCUAAGAAAUCAAAGAAAUCAAAGAAAUCAAAGAAAAGUAGACAUGAAAAGAAAGGAGAUGGUGCCUCCAUGUCUGAAGUUCAGCUACAGUCUUGUGCCACAGACUCCAAACAGGUGUCACAGGCACAUGUCUUGACAUCACAAUCAAGUGUCGCGUCGUCGCAAGGAAAUGUGUCAGUGCCGCAGGGAAAUGUUCCGAUGUCACAAUCAAAUGUUACAUCAUUGCAAGGAAAUGUUCCAAUGCCGCAGGCAAAUGUUAUGAUGUCACCAGGGAACGUUCCGAUGCUACAAGGAAAUGUAACAGUGCCACAACAUAAUGUUAUGAUGAUGCAAGGGAAUAUGCUGAUGCCACAAGCAGGUGUUCCCACCCCACCGCCUCUACAAAGAGGACCUGCGUUUAUUCCAUCUAGGCAAACUGUGAAAUCUAAGUUAGGUGUGAGUAGAACAAACUCUGUCUUUGGUGAUGGUACUCUUAAGGUUGGGGGUGGCUACCUUGUGCCAUUGCAGAACUAUGUCUCCCAUUUUGGGGACAAUGUCCCUGUAAGAAAAGUGGUGACCCUAAUGCAUCCAAGAGUUGGUGGAAUGGUACAAACUCCAGUGCAACUUGGUGGUUUGCCUAUGACCAACCACCUACCAUCCCCCAUUGGGUCUCCACUACCAAUGCAGGGUAUACUCAAUACUCCACAGCAGACUGGCUUGCCCAUGGGACUGGCUCCUUUACCUAUUCAACCUGCUUCCAUUGGUCCUCAUCUUGUUGGUUUACCACCAGCGGUUGCCCCAGGACCUCUGCAACCUGGUUCCAGUAUUCUGCAGCCGAUUGGUUUACCUAUGACCAGGGCCCCUCUGCAACAGCAGUCAGGCAUUAUCCAUGUUCCAGGGAAAGGGUUCCUUGUACCUCUCAACUGCAUCAAGCAAGAGCCUGUGGAUCAUGCCUUCCCAUCCCCAAUCCUACCCAGGACAGCAAAUAUUGCAGCCUCCUGUUUACCAACCAAUGUCAUUUCUGGGCAAGGAACUGUUGAGUCAUUGAGUAGUUCAGUAAGGCACCUUGCACCCAGAAGCACAAACCCUGUUACUCUAACCCCAGGUAGUACUACAGCAUCACUGCAAGUGGAGAAUGAGGUCCAUGUCACUGUUGGAGAUAUUGUUAUGGGUGGUCGUGGUGCCUUCCCAUCUCCAAACCUAUCCCAGACAGCAAAUAUUGCAACCUCCUGUAUACCAACCAAAGUCAUUUCUGGGCAAGGAACUGUUGUGUCAUCGGAAAGUUCAGUAAGGCAUCCUGUGAAUCUUACCCCAGGUAGUACUACAGCAUCACUGCAAGUGGAGAAUGAGGUCCAUGUUACUGUUGAAGAUGUUGAUACUGGUGGGAUGAGAGUCCCUGUUCAGGAGAAUGAGGUCCAUGUUGCUGUUGAAGAUGUUGAUACUGGUGGGAUGAGAGUCCCUGUUCAGGAGAAGCAAAGUACAGUGUCAGUGAAGCAGGCAGGACAGACUUCGGUCAGUGAGACAACUGCUUGCUCCAUUCCACCUGCUGCAACCACUGGACAAUCUUCAUUAUCUGCACAGUCAAAUGUUUCAUGUGAGCUACAAGAAAGUGGAAGCUUAGAGAAUCAUCAGUCACCUAUGGAAUGUGACAAAGAGGCUGAAUGUUCAAAGGUUGAUCCAUCUUGUGACGGUAGUAAGUCUGUGAAAUUUGACCCAGUGCUGCCAGUUCUACCCCCUAAUGAAUCUACCAUUUCUGGACUCAUGGCCCUGCUCCUGGAGAGAAAACGGCUUGAGGUAAAUGCAGCAAAGAGAGCAACCAUCAAGAAAUCAAAGAGAUGGCACACUCCAAGCAAUGACAGAGGAAUUCUUAGGGGUCAUGAAGGUCUAUUGCAGGAACUAUCAUCUAAUGAAACGGUGCAAGGAAUUCCGGAAGGUGCUGGAAGUCAGAGAGUUGCCAGCAAGGGGACACAUUCCAAGCCUGUUCAAGGUGAUUCUGCUGAUCGUACAGGGGCUACAGUCGAAGUUGCAGCCAGCAGUAGCGAAACUGGAGAAGGAAAAUGGGAGAGGAUGGUUCCUGUUCCUGUUGGUGCUUCCAAGAAAUCACGUAAGAAAGAUGGCUACUGGGUAACAGCGAGAACUAGUAAAGAGCAUGAAAAGGCUCUGAAUAUCAUCAGGGAAAGUGAUUGGUACAAAGCUCUACAACCACGCUUCCUGUCAAUGUUCCUCUGGCCAGCCUUGUUGUCCAUCGUCGGACCUCAUAGAAAGAAGGUUCUUGGUCCAAAGCCAACAAAGAAAACAAACCUUAAAAAGCGGGAAGAGAACCAACCAAGUGGAAGCAAGUCAGUCACUCCUACUGACGGAGUUGGUGAUGAAGCAGGUAACACACAGGAAGUCAAACCAAAGCAGCGAUGGAAGUGGAAGCACGGGAGAAAGACAUCUAAACCACCUGUUCAGAAAACACCUGUCAAGAAAUCUCCCAGACGAACAGAGGGGACAGGAGAACAGAAAGGCAAACAAGGUUCAAAGUGGAAGGAUGCUGCCAAAAUGGAUGGAGUGGCACGCAGAACGAGGAGUGCAUCACAGAAAAAGAAUCCGACCACACCUAAUGGUCAAGACCAGAGGAGACGGCUAGCUUACGUUGAUGAUAUGUCAUCCGAUUCCGACAGCGAAGGGGAAGAAUAUUCCUUAGAGACUCACAUUCCCACAGGGAAAGAAGUGCACCCACAAGUGCUCAUGGCCUUUGGAUAUCCCAUGGUGGGGAAAGUGAUCGAGGCAACAGAGCCAUCAUCACUUUAUCAAUCACAUGAGGCAGUUGGCACAUCGUCAGGUCCAUCAGAGACCCUUCAGCCUUCCCAGAAAGGAUCCGAUGACAGUGUCUCUGCAUCUUCAAGGAUACCUCAAAGUGCACAAGGGAGCCAAGGUACAAGAUCUCCUAAGAGCAAGAAGAGACUCUUGGAAGAUUCCAAUGUUACUGAAGCAUCACCUAAACGGACGAGAAAGGUUUAAGCAUUGUAUGGAUUCAAUUCAGAUGUGUUGAGUUUCUUCCUUUAAUUUUGUUUGAAUAGAAAGCUUUGAUUUGCUUUUAAGGAGAAUUUACCCGCUGCCAUUAGAAUUCCUGACAAAUUAUUUUUGUCAAGUAUACUCUAUGAGUGAACCCAUUUAUUCACUAACUUUCCUGUCAGUCAUGAUCCUUUCACUUGUAUUUUGAGUAAAAAAUUGACAUCGUUGUAAUCAAUUUCCUAAAUACUAACUGUCCCCUGUUCACAGAGGCAGUUGUAGUAAUUAUGGAUUUAGUAAUUGUUGCAAGCUCAUCGUAAGAAAUAUUCUUGCCUCUCUCAAGGCAGUGAUCACAGACGAUCCAGGGGGUGUUUAAGUUGGACUUGAAUAUUAUGGAAAGCCAU